AUGGAGUUUCCCUUUGAGGAAUUUGACUUAAUUCUGGGGAUGGGCUGGUUGGUUGAACAACAAGUCAGUUUAGAUUUUGCUGCUAAGAGAGUGAGUUUGAAGAAAAUUAAUGGCAGGAAGAUUGUGAUGGUUGGUGAGUGUAGAGAUUACUUGUCUAAUGUGAUCUCUAUUAUGGAGUUUCCAGAUAUUUUUCCCGAGGAACUAGCUGGAUUACCUCCUAAUCAUGAGGUUGAAUUUGGGAUUGAAUUGAUGACUGAAAAUAUUUUGGUGUCCAUUCCUCCCUACUGCAUGACACCUGAAGAGCUUAAGGAACUUAAGGACAUUCUGGCCUAUUCUAAUACCAAAAUCGAGUAUGGUGAGCAUCUAAGAGUUGUUCUGAAUAAUGGCUCUGUUGCAUUCUUGGACUUGAUGAAUAAGGUGUUUCAGUCAUUUUUAGAUCAGUUUGUUAUUUUUAUCAAGGACAUUCUGGUCUAUUCUAAGACCGAAAUCGAGUAUGGUGAACAUUUGAGAGUUGUUCUACAGAUUCUCCAAGAGAAGAAGCUUUAUGCUAAGUUGAGUAAAUGUGAAUUUUGGCUUAGAGAAGUGAUGUUUCUGGGUCAUGUGGGAUUUGUCAAGGGGUUUUCUUUGAUUACUGCUCCUUUGACAAAGCUAUUGAUGAAGAGUGCAUUGUUUAAGUGGACUGAUAAGCAGGAAGCUAGCUUUGAGAAGUUUAAGGCUAUAUUAACUCGAGCAUUGGUUUUGAUUCAGCCCGAGCCCAGAAAGGAUUACGUGGUGUAUAGUGAUGCAUCUCACAUUAGUCUUGGUUGUGUACUGAUGCAAGAUGGUAAAGUUAUAGCAUAUGCUUCAAGGGGGUUAGGUAUUUCUAAAAGUGUCUUUGUGGAGGAAAGCUCUGAAAUUUGGACAGAAAGGCAAGUUGACCCAAGGUUUAUUGGACCUUACCAGAUUCUUAAGAAAGUUGGACUGGUGGCUUAUCAGUUAGAGUUACCUCUUAAGUUGGACCGUAUCCGUGAUGUGUUCCACAUUUUUAUGUUGAGGCAGUACCGAUCUGAUCCUCCUUAUAUUGUUCUAUUGAGUAGAUUGAGUAAGGCUAAUUCUCCUAUUGAUGUUGCAAGGUCCACUUCCAGUUCUUAUACCACUACGCCAGCUCCAGUAGUUAACAUGGAUGCCUUAGCUUUACUAGACGAGGUUUGUGAGAAUAACGGUGCUAUCACUGCCCCACCAAAAAUACUUAAAAAAGGGUUUGCUCCUCCGAACGUCAACACUGUAUCUGUUCCUGCCCUUCCUCCUGUACCUACCCUGCUUGUAGAGUUUGCUAAUUUUGUGGACUCUCAAGUCUAUGCCAUUGAUUCUCUUACAGCUGAAAUUCUACCAGAGAAUCUGUUGAGGUUAAGGCAAUCUCCCUUCUCACUGGAUGCCAUCCAUCAGUAG